AUGUCCUACUACCAGGACUACAACCGCCCCCCACAGGGCAGUCCCUACCAAGCCCCACCCUACGAAGGCUACGGCCAACAACCACCCCCACCAGCACCAUACGACAACCGACCCCCCUACGAACGAAGCCCCUACAGCGCCCCUCCCCCCGGCGCCCGCCCCCCGCCAAACCCACCCCCACCCGCACCACCAGGCUGGCACCAAGAAUGGGAGCCCUCAACCCGGCGGGCAUUCUGGGUUGAAGAAGCAACCGGUCGCUCGCAAUGGGAAUCACCCUUCCCAUCCGCCGCGCCUCAGGGUCCUCCAAGCGGAUACUAUGAUGGUUCGCGCAGUGUUCCUCCCCCCGAAGGUGGUGGAUAUUAUGCACCGCCUCCCGGUCCUCCCCCGUCUGGAUAUGAUGAGCGUGGCUAUGGCGGUGGUGGUUAUCCCCCGCAGGAGAAGAAGUCUAGUAAUGCGGGCAAAUACCUUGCGGCUGGUGCGGCUGGUUUAGCUCUUGGUGGUAUUGCGGGUGCUGUUAUUGAGCAUGAAGUUAACUCCGACGACUCGUCUGAUAAGGAAGAACAGGAAGAGCGCGAGAAUGAAAUGCGUCGUGAGGCGUAUGAGGAUGGUCGUGAGGAUCAGGCUGAGUAUGAUGAGGAUUAUUACGAUUAG